GUUGGUUCUCUCUAACCAUCCAGUAUUUUUCGCUACCAAGCUCUCUUUGGUGGCUACAUUCCGACACUAUUUACCAUCAUUCCGAAGGUCUCCGAUAUCUCGAGCAUGAGGCGUUCUGCUCGUCUCUUGGUCGCCGCCUCCCGAAGCGUUAAGACCGAGAUCUCCGGCGCCAGUGCCCUCGCCACCUCUUCCUCCGCCCUCUCCGCAGCGUCUGCUGCAAUUUCUCCGUCGAAAACCAUCGUGAAGGCGGAGAAAUCCAACUUCGACGACUGGGUUUCUCUAUGCAGCACUGAGGAGCUCUCCUGCGCGCUCACACUGGAAUCCGGACAGGUUUUCGCUUGGCGGAGACACCCAAAACAGUCAGCAACGUGGUUGGGAGUUGUAGGACAUCGAGUGUUCGCACUACGGGAACGCGACGGCAUUGUACAGUUCAGAUGCCUCCAUCCAUCUGAUUUGCCUGAUCAGGAGGGAGUCGAUGAGUUAUCGCACUACUUCCGCCUGGACACACCUGCCGAUCCGUUGUAUGAACGCUGGACCAAGCCCACGGAUCGGAUGACAGAGAUCAUCUCCAGACUGCGAGGCUUGAGGAUCGUACGACAGGAUCCUGUGGAGUGUUUGUUCUCGUUCAUCUGCUCUUCGAACAACAACAUCACUCGAAUUCAGGGAAUGGUGGACAAACUAAAGGCGACGUACGGAGACUUGCUCUACAAACUAGGCGAAGGAGAAGAACAGCAGCAGCCAUUCUAUGCGUUCCCGUCGGUUGACACGCUGGCUGCCAAGUGUGAAGAGGCCACGCUACGAGCGCUGGGAUUUGGAUACCGUGCGGCCUUCAUCGUCAAGACCGCCAAGCAGCUACAGGAACUCGGUGGGGCCUCGUAUCUCGAUAACAUUCGUGACACCAAGAACGUUCGACAGAGUGGAGAGAAGGAAGUCUCCUACCAUGCGUAUCAAGACGAACUGAUGGUUUUUUCUGGUGUUGGACGCAAAGUCGCCGACUGCGUUGCUCUCUUCUCACUGGAGAAACUGGAGGCGAUCCCCGUCGACACGCACGUGUGGCAGAUUGCAUGUCGGGAGCUGGAUUCAACGCUCAGCGACCGAAAAAGCAUCACGCCAAGUGUGUACCGCAUGGUAGGUGACCUGUUCCGGACCCGCUUCGCACCUCAAGCUGGUUGGGCCCACAGUGUCCUGUUUGCUGGUGAUCUAUCGGCUUUCAAGCCAACCAUUCCGGGUGUCGAGAAGAAACCCAAGGAGAAGCAAAAGAGUUCCAAACGCAAAUUCAAAAAAGCUUCUUUGAAAGUAACCACGAAGCGGAAGACCGGCGCUACAGUACCGCUAACCUAGAUGAUACUGGUUAAGUAAACACACUUGAAUUGUAUUAAACUGCGUGUGACACCUGCGAGCAAGUUGAUGAUGGAGUGUGCUGAUUACGAGAAAACUAAGAUGUUAAUCAGCUUAAUUGAACACACCCAUGGUCAAGGUACCGAUGGAUUUUGUAUCCAGUAUU